AUGAAUGAGAAUGCUUCGACUAGAAAUAUGUUUGAUUUGACGGUCGGUGAUGAAAAACUAGGUAAAAGAUAUGAACCAUAUCAUCAAUUUCCAGCUACGGAAAUAACAACAAAAACAACUGUAAAAACAACAAAAGAAGUUAACUCGCAGCCAACAGCGAAAACAAAAAGUUCUCAGAAGAUAAAACAACAAAAACAACAAAAGCAACGCAAACAAUGUAAGAACGAAGACUUUCGCAUCUCAACUGAAGAAACCUAUAAUGAUGAAGUGAACUUACCGCCCACACCCAACGACAGCACAGCCAACGGAAAUCCGAAGGAAAUCGAAUUGCAAAUAUUAUGGCUGGAAAAGGUAUAUGCGAUUAAUAAGCAACUGCAACGGGAAGAGGAAAUUCUGGUGAAGCUACAUGCCAAAAUACGUAAACAUCAGGUGAAGCGUGCAUAUCAAACCAAAAACGAGGUACUUCAACAAAUUGACAAACUCGACACUGAGAUCGCACUUCAAUGCUGUGACAUAAGUAAAGUGGAGGAUAAUCUGAUGACAACGGAUGAACAACUUAAACAGAAACUUACUAUACUAGAAAAGUUAAAUGAAGAAUUUGAUGCAACCACAACAGCAACAACAACAACAACAACAACAAUGAAUGCACAACCAAUAGGAUUUGCUUUGCUCACUGCAGCCAACAAAGUCGGUGAAGACUUAGAUGAAAUAACUGAAAUUAAAGACGCUGUUAGUAGCUGUGAUAUUAAAGCAAAUUGCUCGCCUGUUACGUGCAAUGCAAAUAGUUUCGAAGCAAACAAACUAACGCAACCACAACAGCGACAGCAGCACCAGCAGCAGCCACAGCAGCAACACAAUAAUGUUAACAAUAUAAUGGCCAAUAAGAUAACAACCCCAACAGCAGCAAUAACAAUAACAACAGCUGCUGGGGUCACAACGCACUACACGCCAACAAUUUCUUCGAUGGUUGGCUAUACGCAAGAAAAUAAAGUUUUGCAUGACUCUACAACAACAACGCAGGCAUUGAUGACAACAGCAACAACAUAUACAGUAUCACCACAACUGGCAACAAAAACAGAAGUAACAGAAACGGUGAAUGCAGUGGCAACUUUUCAAACGCAAAUUCCAAAAGUUAAUUUAAACGAAAUUUAUACACCGGAAGAUUUGCAAAAUCUACAAAAGCUAAUUGCGAAACCAGCAGACACAACAGUAGCAGCACAAACGAGAACUGCUCUACCAAUUUUAAUGCCAAUAGCGGCGACAUCAACAGCAACAGUAGCAGCAGCAACAUAUCUACCACAAGAGCCAACAAUAAAAACAGUACAGCAGCACAGUAAUUAUCCAAUUAGUGGCAUUAAUCAUAACGAUGGCAGUGUUGGCUGCAUCACAGAUACUUAUUCGACUAUGUCCAGUAAUGUAUUAACGUUACAACAGACCCACACAACUACCGAACAACAUUUACCGCAACAACAUCAAUUGCAACAGCAGCAGCAGCAUCAGCAUCAGCAGCAACCGCCACCGUUACUCAUCGAUAAGAACAUUUUACCACUGCAUGUGAAUAAUGUUAAAACCGUUAAGAAGCAAAUGUUCUGCCCAAAAUCUCUUAAUUCACCAACGUCAAUCGCCAUUAGGCACAACAACAAUAAUAACAGCAACAACAGUAGCAGUCAACAGCAACAGCAACAGCAACAACAACAACAACCUCAACAUUACAUACAGCAGUCCAGUAGCAACUAUGUUAGUGGCAUGCUACCAUUAAGUACAAUGCCAACGCAAGUACAGCAAUUAAUACCGGCGCCUUUGAAUGUAAAAAAUAUUGACAUCACUCGAAUGGGUACACUAGUCUAAGUGUUUCAUUUGUACUGUACAAAUUAUAUAGACACCACUGCUGGCACUGUACAGCUGUGUUAUGUUAUAGUUGUCUUGCGGCUCACAUGCAAAGUCAAGCGAACAACCGCCUUACUGAUUCGAAUGUGCGAGUUGCCAUAAGACAAUAUCGUGGCAAGAGUUUAACUGUAUCAGUUCAUUUGCAGUAAAUGGCUUUAAGCAAAAUAUUAAAUGCAAACAACAACAACAAACCAAUUUAACAUUAAUGUACAUGAGUGUAAACAUAAAUAUGUAUUUGUUAAUGCAAGUGUUACUUAUGACAGUUAAAUGCAUUAAAUGGUCCAACGCACACACACACACGCGCACACACACACACGCCAACUUACACUUGAUAAAUGUUAACAUAAAAAUUACUUAACACAGAAGAAGAGCAAAAACAACAAAAAAAUUGAAUUUAUCUUUGUACCAAAUUUCUGUUAAUU